CGCUUCGGUGUGCUCGUCAAUAACGGACAUUUGGGUGAAUUCCAAACUCGACAUCUUCAGGCUUUCUUGAACGCCAAAAAACCGAAUUUAAUUAAACAGCACAAAACAAAUCAACGUGUCUGCAGCUCGUAUUUACAAACAUAUGCAAGGUCAUCCGUUCGUUACGUCACAAACCAAUUAGAUUGCUUGUUUUGAUGUACGUGGCGACAUCUACUGAGCGGAAGUCGAAAAGUAGGCAACGUUUUCUACGCACGUGUAUACCUAGUUGCAUAGGUUUUCGACAGCUGUUAUGAAUAUGACCUUGGUUUUUUAAGCAACGAUGUCAAUCUUCGACGUCUGCGUAAAGUUAAAGUGUUGCUCUCUAGUUCGAUGGAAACAUAACAAAUCGUUCAAGACAAUUAAAGCGACCGCGUACUUCAAUUAAACCUAAAAAUAAAUAAAAAGAUUUAAUUCAGCAGCAACCUGUUGCUUUUAACUUACUAAUUCGAACUUCCUGUGUAGUGUUAAAUUUGUUCUAACAUGUAAAGUAUUAAACAGUGGUACAAUGUACAAACCUCCAACAAACUCAAACCGCGUUAAAACCAUUAAAAAUAAGUUUGAGGGUUUUGAUUCCACUGUAAGUAACAAUAAUAAUAAUGGCAAAGAAAGUGCAGCAGAAAAAAGCAGUAAAAUUGUCGCAACAUCAAGGAGUAACUUAGCCAAAGUGGAAAAUGGAAAACCUCCAUUGAAUAGGCAGCUGAGUGAUCCGUGUAAAAGGAACAUAAAAAGAACCCCUGCUUUUCGACUCGACAAAUCCCAUGACAAUCAGCCACCACCCUUUCAAAGAAACCACUAUUGCAACAGAAGUACGACUUUUGAGAAUAAGGUGAAGCAAUUCAACAGUGCCGUUAAGUGUGAUAGUGCAAAUUUAAAUAGUGAUAAGUGCCUUAAUAUCAACAACAACAAAUCGCCUCAAAAGAAUAAACUCAUUGUUAGUGAUCGGCCUACAAAAAGUGCAAACAAACCAAUUUUAAUUAAAAGCAAAAGCUCAGCUGAUUUUCAAUACAUUCGCAACAAGUUUUGCAUAGCCAGCAAAACCAACGACCAAGAGACUGCCAACCAACAACAAACCAAGGAGAUUUCAAAUAGACUGACUGAAACUAAAUCAGCGGAAAAACUGAACAAUAUUUGCCAGAAGAACAAUAAAGCCAUGGAUUUUUCGAUGCUUUACACAGAGCCUAUACCCAAGGCAUUGCGGAAGAAAAACUGUGAUAUUAAGGAAAACGACAUUUACAAUAUGAGUACUCUUAAAAUAGGUGAUAAAAUGAGCAAACUGCAAGAAAUUGUGGACUUGAAUCAAAUUGGACUUACGGAUACGUUAAAAACGGCCCUUAAAAGGCCCCUACCGCCAGGGCCGGCCCCCAAAAAACCUCCCAGAACAUUCCAACAUCUCCCCUUACAAAACAACCUUGAAACGAACCCCUCAUUUUUGCACACCGCACCAAAAACCGACGUUAAAGUGCACGUAAAAAAAUCCCCUGCUCUUAAAAAGGCAGACCCCAAAUACAUGCUCUCUAAACUCGAAAACGCGCUGAAAAACAACAAACUGAAAUCCCGAAAGCAAGCCAAAAUCGACUUGUCGACGACGUCGGGAGAAGACAGCGAUGACAGUCUGUUAUUCAAAAGCAAAUCCCUGCCGAAAACGACGUUGAAUCGCGGUAGGCUGGAUGAGCAUUUCGCCCCAAAACCACCCGCCGCCUUCGAUCUUAACUGUCUUAAUGGAUUCAACUGCGUCAACUCGAAUUACGAGAAGUUAAAUGAGCCGAUGUCGUCGUUUUUUGUCGAUAGGCAUUUCGAGGAGCCUGUCUAUGCUGAGCCGUUUCAUCAUGGAAAUAACGGGAGCAAUGAAAAUAAGGAAGUCAAGAGGAACAGCCUUUAUUAUAUGAGCUCUCCCGUUCAAACUCCCGAAGAAAACUACUUGGAAGGAAGCAUGAAAAAUGGGGACGCCAACUACAAAUCGGACCAAAUGAAACUACAGCUUGCGGCUGAAAUUUCCUCGACCUCCUCCUUCACCUCGGACACCGACUCGAUCUGCUCGAUUUCCAACGAAGACUCGACCCCGACGAAAGUCCGCGACAUCGUGGGAAUCUUCCAGAGCAGCCCGCCGACGACUCGCCCGCAGCAGCAGGACAGCGACCGCGUGGAGAACCUCAGGAACAACCUGAAGAAGACGUUGGAGCGCAGCUUCUCGAGCGGCGCGCGCCCCCUGGAGACCAGCGCCAACGGGAACGUCAAGGACAUCGUCGAGAAGUUUCAGCACUACAUCAAGCAGGUGCCCAAGUAUUGCGAGCCGAAGUUCACCAAGACGGACCCGCUGUUCCAUUGCUGCCUGAUCGUGCAGAGGUCGCAGGAUAUCGCUCAAAUUAAAUACAAGUUUCCUCCUGGGGUGGACGUGCCGUGCAGCAUCGAAAAGCUGGUGUUCCCCGAAACGCACAUGGUGACGUUGGACAGCACGAGCACCGCGCAAAACUACUCGAUGAUCCUGACCGACGACAAGGCCGAACGGAUGUUCGGCUACUGUCGGCGGGUGAUGCCCGAAGGCACGAGCACCUGCCUGCCCCUGGCCUACUGCAUCCUGAGCAAGCACCGCUCGCCGCGAUUCUACAAGAAAGUGCUCAUAGAGCUGGAAUCUCGCCACGGAUUUCCGGACAAAACGCGCGACGAGCUGAUAUGCCAGUUCUACCUGCAGUCGUACCCUCUGCCCGGCAUGUCGGUGCUUAUUGACUUGACGAGGGUUUUGCACCCGCCGCCCUCUACAUCUCAUAACAACAACCUCGAAGAGUCGCUGGAUCUCUCGGGGUUCGUGAACGUGCACAAAACGGGGCAGUACGGCGUGAUACAGAAAAAGGGGGAUAAAAUAUUCGUCAGCGAGCACGAUGCAGACUGCGUUUUGCCCAGUAUUAUAACGGAAAACGGCGACAAAGUCGAGUUAGAGUUGACCCUGCAUCCUGACAGACGAUACGAGGUCACGGAUCUAACGAGUCUGCACAGGCUUCCAGACGACGUGAUACUAAAAAUAUUUUCGUCUCUGCUCUUGGAAAGAAAGGUCAUCCUCAUCAGUACAGUUUUAAGUGAUUUGUCAUUGACAGUUGACGCGCUUCAAAGUAUUUUGUACCCCUUCGAAUGGCCUCACACAGUGAUACCAGUGCUGCCAGAAUCACUAUGGCCUGUAGUGGAAAGUCCCACCCCAGUUAUUUGCGGAUGUUUGUCCAGAGCUGUCGUGGAGGAGCACUUUAUCGAAAAUGGCAUAGUGGUGGACUUGGACAGAGGGGCAAUCCUGAAAUGCGAGGGCGAUGAGGAUAAAAUCCUGAGCAACAGCAUAAAAAAAGCGUGGAAAAAGAGUCUCAGCCAAAGUUCAAGUAAAAAACUGAUAUUAAACGGCGAAAACCUGGGUAACUCGAUGGAGUACACGCGAUCAAAGUGCCUGAGCGACGCCUACUUGCAAGUUUUCGCGAUGAGCAUCUCGCACUACAAAAACCACCUGGAAAACGGCGAAUUCCGCGCAAAAGAAUUUGUGCAGUGCGGCAAAACGAAAGGGAUCAGAAAGUUCUUGGUUUUGUUCACGCAGACUUUUAUGUUUAACGAGUUCAUAUCGACGGCGAGUCCGGAAAAAAUUUCCGAUUUCGACAGAAGCCUCAAACGGAUUAUGAACAAAUAAGUUGUGUUCUGUUAAUAUUUAUUUAUGUUUACCUGUUGUAUACUAUAUUAGUAUAUUAAUGUAAGUUUGUACUGUAUAUUUUUUUAAAUAUAUUUAAUGUUGGAAGAAUACCAUUGCAUUAUUUAUUUAAGAAACUGGCUUGCCAGAUGUAUAAAUCCAUAAUUCAG